CCGACACACCCCCCUCCCCCCGCCCCGCAGUGAACAUGGCAGCGACGGCAAGGAGGAAAGCAGGAUAGAUAGAGAGAGACAGAGAGAGAGAGACGAAGAGAGGAAGCUGCCGUUUGACAGGGAAUAGCUGCUGCCGUUUUUCGCCUUUGCGGGAGACUGCAGGACCAGGAUUUGGGCAGAACGCUACAAGCAGUAGAGACCUGGACAUGCCUGAGCUGCAGUGACGUAUGGAGACGAGUAGAGAGAGGAGCCCCCUAGCUGGAGCCAUGCAGUCCUUCAGAGAGCGGAGUGGUUUCCAUGGCAACCAGCACUGCUACCAGCAGGAACCCCAUGAAUUAUCACGCCUUGAGAGUUACAGACAUCAUCACGGCCAGACCAGACAGGGCUACGAGGUGAACACUCUUGCUGCUGCAGGGAUGCCAACAGCAGGAGCAGCAUCUAAAGACUGUUAUGGGCAGCAGACCUACCCCAGCUAUAGCAGCAGUUCAGCUCAGACCAAGAAACCAUACAGAGGAGGCAAAGCACCAAGCCAGCACCUGCAAUCUGGGUAUAGCGGUCACAUGAGCUCUGGAUACUCAGCCCAGUACAUGAGUGAGGGACACUUACAAAAGUGGGAUGAGUCCACGCAAAUGUCUCAGUAUGAGCAGGAUAUGGUGGGCCGUCUUGAGCCUGGGGUCAGCGGGUCAUCCCAGUACCUUGAGCAAAAUAUUCUAGCCAUUUCUCAAAGCCAGUGCCAUCUCCCUUCCCAACCCUCUGCCCCUGUCUAUACAAGCCCCCAUCAACAGGGCCACACUCCCAAUCCUACUCCAUCUCCUUUGAUGUACCCACAGAGCCACCUUCAUUUCUCACAGCACUCCCAACCACCGUCCUCAGCCUCUGCAUCUUACAUGGAGAAAUGCACUCCGAUUCCUCAUGGCUACAAAAGUGGCUAUGGAAUGCCACCUAAUGCCCAAUAUUCAAGGCAGCUGGGUAACCAUAGCAGUCUGAAGCAGAGUGGCUAUAGACCACAAAAUAGUUAUGGUUACCAGCAGCCUCCUUCAAGAGCUGGAUUUGAACAGCAGGCUUCCCUUCAAGGAAUGUCAGCUACACCAGAGAAUCUGCAGAAAUUCCAACAUUACAAUCCGCCGCAACAGAACUACUGCCUCACAGAUAUUUCCGUGAGGUCACCUGAACAGUAUUACCAAAAUUGCAGUCCAAGCUCUAGCCAUUCACCUGCACGAUCUGUGGGAAGGUCUCCCUCAUACAGUUCUACCCCUUCUCCCUUAAUGCCCAAUCCUGAUACAUUCCAGUAUGGACAACAAAUCAAUCCUACAGCUUCCUCCUCCUCUGCAGGUUUGCAAGACCAGACCAUGUUAAUGCCUCCACACACCCAUCCAUCUCCCAGUGUCAAUCACCAGUCUCAGAGUUACUCUGGCUCUAUGAAGGAACGUUUCUCUGAGAAGCUUUUGUCCAACCCGAGCUUGUGGAGCCUCAAUGCUCUAACAUCUCAAGUAGAGAAUAUCUCCAAUAAUGUCCAGCAGUUGUUGCUAUCAGAAGCUCUCAUGGCCAACAAAAAAGGCGGCAAACGAAACCAGCCAAAAAAGGGAGAGGACUAUAGGGGGCAGUUAAGGCCUAUAGAGGACUCUUCAUGUCCUGAAAGCCAACAUGGUCCUCCCCACACUGAUGCUUUUGGCAACCCAAGAUCUAUGCCUGGUGAGAUACAAGAGGGAGGAUACUCCAGCAGCACUGAAGACCAGAUGGAAAGGAGCUACUAUUACUUUGGCCAGAACAAAGGUCCAACACAUGCAUCAGCACAUUCCCAGCUGAGCCUGGACACAGUGUCUACUUGCUCGAUGAACUCAACAGAUGAUAUGUCCAUCAGAUCAGGGGAUUCAGUCCGAAGUCUGCAGAGUGCAACCUUUGAAGAUAAUCUGAACUGUGACCCUAGGGUACAGAGAGUACCAUUUGGAGAGGAACACAAUAGUUCACUCAGGAGCAUUAGAGAUGAGAGGUCCCCCAUUAGUGUAACAGCCCCAAGCCCUAUGAAGCAGGAGAGCAAUUCUCCACUAGACUUAAAGCAAGCUGAGAGUACUCUGAAGGAGAACUUUGAGGAGUCUGCUUGGUCUGAGCGGAUGGCUGAAGAAAAGGAAUUUGGAAAAAAGAAUUUGUCCACAGAACGUGAAUGCAAAGGAGAAGUCAUGGAGGCAAGUGAGAAACAACAAGAGUGGUUAGAGGAUGAGAAAUGCCCCUCUCUUUUUCAUAAGAUAAAUAAAUCAGUGUCAGAUGAAAGCUACUCGUAUGAAACAGAUGACACUAUUUAUCAGGAACUGAAAAACAAGUAUGAGGCAGAGGAAGGAGAUUUUGCUGAAAAGGGCCAUUCAGACACCAGCCACAAGGGAACUGAAGAUUCAGAAAUGAAAUCUGAAAUAUUCAAAACAGAACCACAGCUUAAUGUUGAAGGCCAUGUGUCAACAUCACCAGCUAUUUCAAGAGACAUACUUGAGUCAAAUCAAUAUUUACCUGAAAAAGAGGAAAACACAGACACACCUCAGCUCACUUCUCAGACUGAAUCUUCUGAAGAGAGGCUGUCAGUCUCUGAGGGACAGAAUGAUUCCUUUGAGCAGCAGUCAGUCUCAUCCCAUCUGGCCACUGAGGUGAGAGUGGAGAAGGAGAGUCUGACACCCACUGAAGAGGUGGUUAAUAAUAAAGCAAAACCAGAGGAGUCCUCUGCAGAGGCCUGUAAUAAGCCAGAGGAGACGGCAGGCAGACCACUCAUCAGCACAGAAACUGCAGAGACCACUGCCCAAGACGCAACCCACAGAAGCAUUGAAAGGAGGUCAGCUGCAUGUGACAUUGCACCUCAGUCUCACUCUGUCAAGACUGGCUUCUCAGCUCUCAAUGAGAAAACAACACCUCAGACUCAGGCGAGGGAUCACAUCGAUCGCAGCGAUGCAAAGGUGCUGGAGCCUGACUCUCCUCAGUUGCCAGGCAAGUCAGUACUGCACUCUGCACCAUCUUGGGCGGAUACUCCACCCUCCCCACAGAAAGGAGAUGAGGAUAUAGAGCCAGGUAUAAGCUGUCCUAGUGCAGUAACACCAUCAGCAAAACCAGAGCCGGUGGCUCCAUCUGCACAUCCAAGACUGCUGGGCAGGAAGCAUGCACGGGGUAGGAGGAGACUAAUCCAUUCAAAUGCAGGGAUCAGGAGACAGCCAAGUGUGGAGGGAGAUGGAGCCCCACCAUCUCCAGAAAAGCCCAGCAUGCCCUCAAGUAAUAGUGCCCUCUUCCCUGAUCAGAUGGGGGCUGCUCAGCUGGACAUUAGUAGCCAAACACCAAAACUUCUGGCAGAUGGUUUACCAUCCAGGAUGUGUACACGUUCUUUUGGGACACAGAAUGUCCCAAAAGUUUGCUCUCCAGAGAGAAAAAAGCCAGGUCCAAAACACAGUUCAAAACCUGGCCCAAAACCUGGGCCGAAGCUAGGACCAAAGCCGGUCCCAAAGCCUGUUCUAAAACCUGGUCCAAAGGCUGGUUUAAAACCAGGUCUAAAAUCUGGUCCAAAACCUAGCCCAAAACAAAGUUCAAAACCUGUUCCAAAGCCAGGUUUAAAGCCUGGACCCAAACCUUGCUCAAAAUCUGGACCAAAACCAGGCCCAAAACCUGGGGCUGUGCCAAGUGUAAAACCUGGUCCAAAGCCUGGUCCUAAGCCUCCAGCUAUACCUGCUUUGAAGACUGGUCCAAAGCCUGGUUCAAAGCCUACAGAUGGAGUAAUUCCAAAAGGCCCUGGUCGACCAAGAGGACUCAGUUCUAAGAUCAAAUCAAUAAAACAUGAAGAGAAUGUACAGGCCAUCACAGAAUAUAUUAAAGACACAAGUUACAUCAGUGACACCAGUGAACAGCAAGAAAGCCCAGCCAACACUUUGGACACUGUUGUCGGUACUACUUUGGGUUCCUCUGUAGACAGCACUAUGGGCUCUGCUUUGGAAAUUCCUUUGGAAAACACUUCUUUAAAGUCUAUAGCAAAAGAACAAAAGUCCAUGGUAUUAAGAUCUCGGAAACAAACACAGGUAAAAUUAACUGAGGACAAGGAGAAAGAAAAAGAGGCACUGACUGAAACAUCAGCAGUGAAACUCACUGAGACACAAAUACAGGAAGUGACUGCAUCUCAGCCAUGCGUUAGCCAAACAUCAAACCUUAAAUCUCUGAGCCAGGAGGAAGUCUGCACGGAUUCACUUAGUCAACCCAAUGAGGAGCUUGUGCCUGUUUCAGUCAAAAGAAAAGCUAGUUUACAGUCCUCAGAGCCAGUAAAGAAGAAGAAAGGUGUUAAAGCCAGUAAAAAAACAAAAACACAGGAACCGCCUUUAAAAACCACAGUGGUUGGAGCCAAGGGUUCCAGGGGACAGCGAAAGCGAGGACAUAAAUUAGAACCAUCUGACUGCAGCAUUCUGAUCAAAGAUAACACUCCCCCUGAAGAUAUCGGUGACACACCUUGCGUGCCUCCUCAGUGCCCUACUAAAACAAAAUAUCUGCCCCCAAGGAAAGGCAGAGGACUUAAAUAUGAAGCUAUGGUUCAGAAAAUCACAUCUCCAGCAUCCAAAAAACAGCCUCUAACAAUCCAACCAGAUGUUGUACCGGAAGAAUCAGCAUCAAAGUCAGCACAAGAGGUAACAGAAAAGAGAGAGACAGUAAAUACCCCUGAGGUGACACCAGGGGAGGGUGAGAACACAGUUAGCAUUGAAGAGACCCCAGACACAGCAUGCAUCCCAACUCCUAAGAAGAAGCGGAGAAAGUGGGCCGCUGUUGAGUGCACUGACACCCCGGAUGUGGCGCUAGAGACUGGCAGCCUCAUUAUCAACACACCAAGGUUAGCCAAACAGAGAGCCAUCAAAAAUAACCAUGAAAUGCAUCUGAAGCAGCGCAAGAAGAGGAGGAAAGAUGCUGAGCUAGCAAACAGUGUGCCAGUUAUGGAGCAGAACAAGACUGAUGUACCCAUCUCUCCCCCAGCACCUUCACCCUCACCAUCUUCAUCAUCACCACCACCACCACCACCCUCCUCUGUCUCCCCAGACACAGAUGAGAAGACACAGAAGGAACAGUCACCUAUGGAAAUAUGCUCUAUAAUCAUCAAACCCAAACGGGGCAGACGGCCAUCACUUAAAAAGCAGCAGGAAGAGGCCUUAGGUCAAAGCCCAGUAAAGGAAGAAGGUCAAAAGGUCAAAAAAAAGCCUGGUCCUAAAAAAAAGACCCAACAGGAUAGUAAUGUCAUCAGGGUAACUGUAAAGGGACAUUUGCUUAAGACAAAAUGCAAAAAAGAGUGCAUUCCUACUGUGAAGGGGAAAUUGUCAGAUUUUUUGAAACCACAAGAAAACAAAAUUUCUUUCAAACCAUAUGUACGCAUUGACAGCUCCAGAGAGCUUGCCUCCCUCUGCACGAUUGUAAACAGGCCAGAGGAAGAGCAGCUGCUCAUUCAGGCAAGAAAAAAGAGUUCACUGAAAAUUAAAAACUCAGUCACAUUUACUAAGGCAAUACCAGACUCUUCAGUAAUGCUCCAGGGACCCUUAGUUAACAAAAGCCUAACUGACAGGUGUCUGGUAUGCUGCCUGUGUGGAAAGCCAGCGAAUUACAGAGAGCUUGGGGACUUAUGUGGUCCAUACUAUCCUGCAGAAAGCGUACCACGGAAAACACUGUCUUUAAUGUACCGGGAGGACUUCAGGCAAAACAGAGACAGAGAAAAAGACAAGGCCACCAGCUGCAGCGCAGAACAGAUCAGUGUUCUGAGGAGAGAGGGAGGAAAGGACUUGCUUCAAGAAGGGACGAGUGAAGGAGAUUGCGGGCAGCCGAGGAGAGAAAGAAGGGCACAACUUAGAAGUCGUCUUGGCUUGCUGAUGAGGUUUAAAAGACUGCAGCUGUUGCAGGAGACAUCUGGUGGAGCAGCACCCCCUGCUGGUAAGGAGGGCUGUGUCUCAGCUCUGCAGAGGUUGCAGCAGGAGGCUGAGGCUAAGGAGUACUGGGCACAUGAGGCCUGUACUAUCUGGACCAGCGGUGUGAUCCUGGUUGCAGGCAAACUGUAUGGACUGAGGGAAGCUGCACAGGACUCUACAGUCACAAAAUGUUCCAAGUGCCAGAGUGAGGGUGCCUCCAUUGGCUGCUGCUGGAAGAACUGCACUUAUACGUACCACUAUGUCUGCGCCAAAGAAACCGGCUGCAUAUUCGAAGAGGACACAUUCUCGAUAAAAUGUCCAAAACACAAGGCGGUGUAAUAUAAGAGCUGUAAAACACCGAGGCUGCGGAAUGUCACCUGUGAAGUGCUGCAGAGGACUUACAUCUAUCUGAAGCUCACCACAGGCAAACUCACUGGACUCACCGGAACUGAAACUGAGGCUUCAGCUGAAGCACAAAGGUACUGUAGCAAUACUGACCUGAGAUCAGAUCAGAUCAGAUCAUCCAUGCCCUCGACGCCUGGCACCAUCUCUGUACCCACCCUGCAAAAGCCCUGAGCCCCGAGAUGCCCCAUCCCCUGCCCUCCUUCAGCACCACCACCUGGACAGCUCCUCUCCAAGAGGGGGAAAAACUGUUCUGUUCAAAAAACCGUGAAUGUGCCAUUCUUCCUUUUGAUUUCUUUUUCCCCUUAAAUCUUUCUUUCCUGGAACGGAUGCUAUCAGUCGGGGACACCUGGAGGCGGAUUUGGCCGGCCGCCCUCUCCGAGAGCCCAAAGCCCCGCCGCUGUUUGGCACAGACGCAUACGCCUGCCUAUUUCCAAGCGCAUUCGGAUUCAAAGAUGUCAUGCAUCAAGCAAACCACUGGAUGUAUUUCAAUGUAUGCUUAAGUGUUAUUAAAAAAAAAAAGAAAAAAAAGAAAAUUGUACACGGUGUGCUAUACAGGUCUAAAUAUUCUCAUAUCUGGAAAAAAA